UUGCACUUGCUUCUGUCGCAGUAGCUGUUCAAGACAUGGCACGUUUAAGCAAAAAGUUGUCAGUUCUUCUGGCCAUCAUGAUGAUGACAAUGAUGCUAAAAACUACUGGUGUGGAAUGCUCGAAUCUUGUUUGGAAGGACGCUUCCUAUGGAGGACUCCCUGAUUAUCCCGUAGCCGGUGGAUCAGACUAUCCAGGAGAGGUACUUCACGUUGCAAGAAUCAAACUACACAGUGGCCAAACGCCUGGAAAAAUGGAUGUAUCAGAUCGUAAAGCGCAUGCGUCAUGGGGAGGACGUGAGCACUUUGAUAGCAAUUAUCAGAUUCUCACAAACCCUGGAUGGAAGUCCCAUUUGGAGUGGAAAGCAAGCAGUGGUAACCAUGUUCCUGCAAAUGCAGUCAUAGGAGGCUACGACAAUGGCAGGCCACUGUAUGUUGCAAGGGUGAGGUACUCAGACGGUCACAUGAUUCCAGGAAAAGCAGCGUUUUUCUAUGGAAAGGCGUAUGUUGGUUAUGGCGGGAAGGAAUAUGAAUCAAAAACAUUUGACGUGCUGGUUGAACACCAAAGCAAGAAAAGAAAAAGAGAUGUGUCUUCUCGCUUUGAUUACCCUAAUUUGCCGAACGUCAAGCCAUUGAAGCGUGCUCCAGUCAUUGAGCAGUGAAAAAUGCACGAGUUGAAAUUGGCAAUUAAGAUAUUGA